ACAAAAACUGUCUUUACAAUUUAAUAAUCAGGCAUUAUGCCCAUUCUUCAUAUAUAUGACUCCAAAAGGUGACUGGAGGUAAACACAUAAGCCACAAUGUAUACAUUUCACUGCAUCAAACACAGUAUCAAACCAAGCAGCAUAACUAAACAAAUGACGCUAGUUCUUUCAGAACUAACCAAGGUCAAGUAAUAUUAGUAUGAAACAACUACACACAAGUGCCGCUGUACUAAGGUGUAGUUCUUUACAUUAACUAUGGAUAUGGUCUACUGACAUUCGACAACCAGAAAGUAUGGUUGCGCGACCCUUCUUUUUCAGUGGCAUUUAUAUAUUUACAUUCAUACGUAAGUGCACAAAUGCAUUUUGGGGCCAAUGUAGCUACGUAAACAAUGAAUUGGAUGCAUCGACUUGUCUAUAAUUACACCAACGCUCUAAUGCUAUUUUAGAGGAAGAGAUGUGUCCAUUUCACAAAUAUGCUUCGGGAAUGAUAUGCCGACAUCUCAGCUGGGGUUUUCUCCGGCUAGGUGCCACUGGUCAGAGUUUUCUUAAUGCUAUUGGUCUAUAAAUCAACCCCGUUCCCAUACAUCAAACGCGGCUGUCGCAAGGUGACUGAGGCACGGGGGGAGGCGAGAGAGAGGAGAACGGAGGUGAGCGGGUGCCAAAGCGAUCAUGUGUUCCCCACAAGCAGCAGGAGGAGAGCCGUGAAGCCAAACGGAGAGGAAAAGAUGAGCCAGGAAAGGCAGAUGUGCCUGUGUCAUGUCUGUUAUGAACAGUCUUCCCACCUUGUGGUAACACUGUGAACUGUAACUGCAGGAGAGCGUGAUCGAGAAAUAGAGAGAGGGAGCGAGUGGAGGGUGGGGUGGGGGUAAAGAGAGAUAGAGAGAGAGGGAGUGUGAGGAAGGGAGGGAGCAAGGAAGGAGAGAGAAAGAGAAAGGGUGAGGAUGGAGAGAGAGAGAGAAAGAGAGAGAGAGAGGAGUUUAAACUAAGAGCUAUGUUUUGGGACGAACUAAUCUGCUAGAGAGCAGUGUGAGGAUCGGAACGCAUUGUGCGAGCGAGUGUGUGGAGGACAGAUAAGGGAAGAAGCCCGGCAGACCGACUGCUUGUUUUAAUGUGCUGACUCUGGGGAGCUAAAAAAAAAAAAAAAAAAUAUUGACUCUUCAGUCGUGCGGCGUGAGCCAGGGCACAAGCGCCACAUUUAACAGAGGUGCACCAGAAAACACGGGCGCGAGAGAGGAGAAAAUACAUCCAGCCAGACAGCACAUAUAGAGGAUUUCUCCUUCCUUUUCUUCUUUUUUUUUAAUCUGUUCAUUUUUCUUUCUUUUUUUUCUCGGGACUGAUUCCCAUUUCCAGUAGAGAAAAAGGAGCCGUAGAGCCACGAGAACGCAAAAAAAAAAAACCCACCAAAAAGCGACAAGAAACGAAACACCGCCAACAAGAUGUUUGAAAUCAGCCGAACACUGAAUGCUGCUUUGUUGAGCAAUGAGUGUCUGAAGAUGAUGGUAAGGUGUUCACAGAACUCGGCAGUAGCCCAGGCGGAAGGCUCCUUCCCAGGCAUGGGCUCGCUGCUUUUCCCCCGAGAUCCAUCCAGCCAACUGGGGGCCAGGGAACUGGGGGGAUCGACAGAGACUCAGUGGCGUCAGGCAGACCUGCCGCAGCUCCAGGGCUGGGCUGAGAAGGGACUGCUGACACAGCCAAAGAUGAUAAUCAGCAACAUGGAGCCUCAGGUGACGAAUGGGCCGAACUCCGCCACGGCCAACGGGCCAUCCAGUAACAGCCGCAGCUGCCCCUCACCCAUGCAGACUGGCGGCUCUAAUGACGACAGCAAGACAAACCUCAUUGUCAACUACCUGCCCCAGAACAUGACCCAGGAAGAGUUCCGCAGCCUCUUCGGCAGCAUUGGCGAGAUUGAGUCCUGCAAGCUGGUUCGAGACAAAAUCACAGGGCAGAGUCUGGGCUAUGGUUUCGUCAACUACAUUGACCCAAAAGAUGCAGAGAAAGCCAUCAACACGUUAAAUGGACUCAGACUUCAGACCAAAACUAUUAAGGUGGAAGCGUUCUCCCAGUCGCCAUUUCUCACGUCUGCACCAGUCAAUUCGCCGAAUGCUUCCUGUCACCGUUUGUGCCAGUGGAGCUGCAGUGAUUAGUACAUGUGGCGUACACUGGCUCGUGCUGGGCUGAGGCGCGGCUGCACAAAGAGAGAGGAGGGCAAAUCUGACUCAUUAAGAUGCAGAAGGAAACAGGAAAGCAACUGAAGGAAGAAAAGGGAAAAAUAGUGUAAUUGAUAUGUAAAUGAAUCUCCAAAUGUCAAAUCAUGAAGUCACACAAAAAGAGGGAAAUAGCAUGUAUAAUGAAAUAAUGUGGACAUGCAAAAUAGACGCCUAAAAUGUGUCUUGGUUUUCACUGUGGAAAUUUUGAUUUGUUCUAUUAGAUUUUAUUUUAUUCCAUUUAAUUCUGUUCAGACACAUUGGUAUUUUGUCAUCUAUGAUGUUUCAAUUUUAUCUGGAUAUAUUUUAUUCUGAUCUAAUGUCACAUUAUUCUGUUCUGUUCUUUGUCAUUCUGAUGUUCUAUUCGAUAUUAUUUCAUUGUCAUCAAAUCACAUUGGUUCUGAUGUGUUAUUUUAUAUUCCACUGUAUUUGGUUUUGUUAUAUUUUAUUAUUGUUCUGUUUUAUUUGAUUUGAUUCCCUUUUGUCAUUCUACUCAUUGUCAUUUUCUAUUGUUCUCUUCAGUUUUGUUAUAUCAAUGUUCAGUUUUAUUCCAUCUCUGUUAUCAUUCUGUUCUGUUCAGUAUUGUGAUCUGUCAUUUUCGGUUUUAUUCAAUGUUUUAGCAAUGUUCCGUUUUAUUUCAUCUCUAUUGUCAUUCUAUUCUGUUCAGUAUUCUGAUCUGCCAUUUUCUGUUCUGUUCUAUUGUCUUAUUACAUUAUUCUCAUUUUCAAUUCUACUCUGUUUUAUUCCAUAUUACAUUAUAAUUUAUUUAUUCUUUUGUCAUUCUACUCUGUUGUAAUGUUUUUUGUUCCGAUCUGUCAUUUUCCAUUCUAUUCAGUUUUGUUAUGUUUUAUUAAUGUUAGAUUUUAUUCUUUGUUGUCUCUUAGCUGUUCUGAUAUUCUAUUCAAUUCCAUUUUAUUCUCUUCGGAGUUAUGUUCUGUUCUGUUCUGGUCCGGUUUCCUCUAUUCUUUUCGAUUCUGCUCGUUUUUAUUCUAUUAUUAAAUUAAAUCAUGCAGUGAAAUAGACAGAUCCACCACAAUCUGAUGGCUUCCAUUUUCCUCAACAGCGCUUUGUGGUAAAUUUAGAAGCAGCAGCUGGUUUUAACAGUAAAUUCUGCCUGACGCGCACGGCAUAAUCUGGCUGUGUGUGUGUUUUCAUCUGGCCUAUAAUCCCAGACCUCUCACUUACAUCCGCCCUAAUCUAAUCAGAUUGGAUUUCGCCUGCUUAUGAAAACACGGCUCAGUCUGCGCGGCUCAGUACCUCUUAACAUAACAGCAAAAGAACGCGCGUGUUUGUGUGUGGGAGCAAGAGAAAGAAAAAAGAGAGAGAGGAGAAAGAAAAGACUUGUCAGGGCUGUUUUUGAAAGAGCACAGCACAAUGCUCACAAACAUGGGCGUUUUCCAGAGUGGCAGCAUGUGUAUGUGUUGGCCGGCAGUGUUUCUAGUAGUGGUUUCAGCAUCAGCUAAGAAUCCAUCAGAGACAGAAUGACUCACUCUGUGUGUAUUUGCCGAUCAUCACAGCUUCCUGCCACGCGGCACUUCUCUCAGUGACAAAACACACUUCCAGGGAGGCAGCGGUACACACACACACAUAAACACAGAUGUUAAAAAACUGCACUUAUCGGUCAAACACACCUCAGGAUUUUAUUCCCGUCCUAGGGCUAGAACCAAAUGACUCUGGAGCUGUUUCUUUUUACCCUCUCGCCCUUUUUUUACUGCACAAUCCUGAAAAAGACACAAUGCAGAAAAUAAAAUGGCUGCAGUUCAAGCACUGUGAAUCAGUCAAAAACUCCUAAGUUAUCAGUUUGAAUCAUUCUAACAAACCAUUUAUUCAAUCCAUCACAGCAGUUACUGAAUUAACAUCUGACUCACUGAACUGCAAGUCAUCACAGCUGUCAUUCAUCUCCGACUCAAAAUAAACCAACAUGUUAUGGGAACCACAUUAGCAAAUGAGAAUUGUGAGACUUACUUACAUGUGAACAUUUUAUAUUGAUAUAUUAGAGCAUUACGAAUUUUGAAUUAAUGUAAAAAAAAACUUAUUAAAUAUUAAAUACAUUUAAAAUAUAAUGCAUUCUUUAUAAUAAUAAUUUAAUAUUCAUAUUAUUUUAUUAUACAUUAAAUUUGAUGAUUAUUAUUAUUAUUAUUAAAGACUGGUAUUGAAUUUAGUAUCAUGGUAUUAUGUUUUGAAAUCUGAAACACUGAAGUGAGCAUACAUAAUGGUUUGGCCCGAGGGCACAAUUUAGUGUAACACAAAUUUUCAUGCUGUCUGUUAGGGAGUUGUCAAAACCUUGCAGGAAUGAUGUUGCCGAGCAGCAUACUUCUUCUAAACAUGUUCAAUUUUUCUCUGGCAACAUACACACUCCAACAAACACAGACUUUCAAGUAAUGAAGCAAGAGUCGUCUUUCAUGACUUAGCGUGCCUACAUACACAAAACAAAACACAUGCUACUGUGCACUGUGAGGUUCACACGCACAUCUCACGCAUGAUUGAUUUUUUUGCUUGCGCGCACACAAGCAUGAAUGGAAUCGACACAACCAAAGAUGUUCCUGUUUCACACACAGUCUAAACCAAGUGCAAAACAACAAGCAAUGUGUCUGUCCACAAUGAAAGCAAAAUGCUAUGUGAAGAAGGAUUGUGGACCAAUUUCACACUAGACGGAAGCUACCAAGUGUUACCAGAAUGAAUUUUGAAUGAGUAGGGGUUUUAAAUUAAGGAUGGCUAUAGCUCAUGAAUAUUAAUUAUCAAAUAGUGAUGAUUCCGCACUGAUUUGAAAUUGAGGUACAACAUCCGGCUAGUUUUACAGUUGCAUCUUUGGAGAAAUAUCACCUAUUUAACAUCAAGAUACUAGAAAUACAGAUCGAGAUCCUAAAAAUAAAUUCAUUUGGAAAUUUAAAACUGUCAAUAGUUAUUUGAUUAGAAGUUUCUCUCCUGAAAUCUCCAUAAUUUAUUUGAUAUUUGUUCGUUUCGCACUGCAUGUUCUCUGAAUUUUCCACCUACUUAUUACUCUCAAUGUUCGUCUCUGGAUAAGCACAUUUUGACUAUCUGCUCCAGUAAUUGGACCUGCCUUCUUUAUUCCUUUUUUUUACCUCUAUGAAACAGAAACUAUAGCAAUUUGACGUCAGAAAUUAUGUGCUUUUAAUGCAAGUCAUACAUAUUUUUAUAUCAGCUGACUAUGUUUGGUUGAGUGGGCUAUGCUACAGAAAUAGAAACCACGCGACCGUGUUUCUUAUGGUCGCAGCUGGUAAGGACAAAAACUGCGAUUUACAUGGAAGAGCUUUGAUUGCUUAUCGCUUCAUCACACCGUUCCUGGUCAGGACACGUUGUCACUCCAAACCGUGUCCUUUGUUAAUCAUCUAGAUCUUUUUAUCACCAUAUUUUCUCUCUCUUCAUCCAUCCGUCCAUCUCAGCGUGGGUCAGAGAAGCCAAUGUCUUUAUCUCUUUCAUGUGAUCUCUCUUUUACACCUCUCGCACUCCAUGAAACCUCUUAUUCAGACCAGCACCAGCCCUCUCAAAAGAUGCUCUCCUGCUGUAAUACGGCAAGAAAGAGAUGAAAUCCUCUGUCUUAUAACUCCUAAUAAGUGUGUUCCAAGGUCAUCCUUCUCAUAAAGCCUAUCGUAACCCCACCCCCCAUCAAGCCGGGAUGAAGACAGACCAUCUAAUAGGAACAGACAGCUGCGUCUAAGAGUGGAUGAGCGAGAGAAAGGGGAAAAAAGAAGGAGAGGGUAAUUAUCCGAAGUGCAGUUCUUUGCUCUUUUCAGCCGAGCAAGAAAAAUGGCGUUUAUGAGGGCCCUCCUGCUGAAAUAAGCUGAUGAUGUAUAUGUUUACAAGAGGCUGUUUAGCGAGAAAAAGGAAGUGAGGAAAAACGUCUGUGGCGGUUUACGAUGAGUUUAUAUUCUUUCGCAAAACGCCAGUGUCAAGUUCAGGGAGACGCCAUCGCUCGAGCACAUCAGCUAAUCCAGGAAGUCCAUGAAAACAGAUCAACAAAGCUGCUUCUCACUGGCUGAAAAAUAAAAAGAGAGUGAGAGUUUCACUCCAGUCACAACUUCCACAUGCUCAUCAUUUUGUUACACACACACACACUUCUCCAUGACACUUCUCCGUUUCUCAGCAAAACUCCGGCUUUGCCUUCCUGUCGAGGUGUGAUGGGAGAAAUCCCACUGAGGGUGAGAAGAGCGUAGCCUUGUGCUGUGAGAUACGUGUAUACACACACACACUGCUCACAGCAGACAGGGUGUUGAUAGAUCUGACAUCUGGAGCUGCUUGACAGGGCGAGAAAAAAGCUAAAAGAAAAGAGGAGAGGAAAAGAAAAGAAGGGAAGAGAGGAGAGGAGAGGGAAGAGUCUGCCAGGGUUCCAUGCCUUUUGCCUUCUCCAUUUAAGUGGAUUUGAGGAGAUUACGGCGGAGUGUUUAGCAUGUUUAGCUCAGCAUUUGUAGCAGUGUAACAGCCUGUGAUGGCUCUGCUGCCCAAAUGUCAGAACUAAUGAAAAUAUGAGAUGGAAAGGCUGCUUCAACCAUUAAUGGGAACAGAUUAAAUUGACGUGAGCAUUAAAAGGGCAGGGAGAUAGAAACAUCUUCCCAUCUUGAAUAAAAACUGAAUUGCUGUAGCGGGAGAGAGCGAGACAGACAAAAACGUAGAAUCAACAAGGAAAUUAAGAAAAUGGGUUUGUUUGCUCAAAAAAAAAAGAAAGAAAAAUCUGUCAUAAUUUUGUAUACAGUACUCAAAUUCUGUACUCACCCACAUGUCGAUUCAAACCCAUAUGACUUUUUGUGGAACACAAAGGGAGACAUUUUGAGAAAAGUACUGGUCAUUCUUUUUAGUACAUAUACUAUAAAUUGGGAUUGGAGCUUUGCAGCUUCAAAAAGGACAGUAAAGCACCAUAAAAGUAUCCAUAUGACUUGUAUUUAUUUUGAUUAUUAUUAAGAAUUAUUAUAAUUUUUUUAAUAAAAUGUAUUAUCACAUUAUAAAAAUUGAAUUA